AUGGCUGAAGUAGUUAUUCGGGACAUGCAUCGAUUUGGGUUAAGUGACAAUAUCAUCGGUAUCUCUUUUGAUACUACAUCGUCUAAUACAGGACUGAUCCAAUGGGCAUGUACCAGAAUUGAAAGGAAAUUAGGACGAAUAUUGUUGUGGUUGGCUUGCCCUCAUCACACUCAGGCACUAAUAUUAAAAGGAGUGUUUGAGAAGUGUUGUAGCAUACCAUCAAGUGGCCCUGACAUCCAGAUCUUUCGAAAGUUCCAAAAUAUAUGGGCUUCACUUGAUAAAAAGUCAUAUACGACAAUGCUGGAUGAGAAACGUCCCGUUCAAGGCUUAAUAGAAACACAACGAGUGAAAAUGAUUAACUGCUUACAAAAUGUCAUAAAAGACGCAAGUCAUCCAAGAGAAGACUACAAAGAGUUAUUACAACUAUCACUUUUGUACCUAGAAGAGUUAGAUCCGUACGCUGAUAGUGCCGAUUCUUAUCAUGCCGACCAAGAGGAAUCUAGUUCUUCCGAAAAUUAUGAAAACAUUGAAAUUGAGGUGGAAGGAGAGGACGCCCUUGCAGAAAAUAAGGGACAAACAAAUGAAAUUUUAAAACGAAAACGUCGUGAUGAGAGCAAAUGGAAAAGAAAUGUCAUAAAGACCAAAAGGAAUCGAGGUGAAGAAUAUAUCAAUUAUAGAGGAAACCAUGUUGCAGCGAAAACGUUUACGCCAAUUAUUUGCAGAAAAUGCAGUAAUAGUGUGCUGCCGAAAAAACAAAAUACAAUUCAUUCCCAAUUUUAUGACUUAGACUGGAAUGGUCAGACUGCCUGGAUCUGUACAACUGUAAAGUUAAUAGCUCCAAAACGAUAA